AUAUAUAUAUAUAUAUAUAUAUAUAUAAAAUGUUUAAAUACUCGUUAAUAUUAUGUGCAAUUAUCGUCUUAGUUGUGCUGCCAUUUCAAGACGUGAAUGCCUUCAAAGUGAUUGCUAUACAUCAAGGUCCGCCACCACCUAAACAUGGCCCCGCCGCUCCUGCCGUAGACCCAAAUGCUCUAUUGCAUGGUGUAUCUUCGGCAGUGUCCGGCAAAUUGCAACAAGUUCAAAGCUUAGUUGGCGGAUUGGUUCAACAAAAGCAAGCUUUACUUGGAAAUUUGGUGCAACAAAAGCAGGCGCUAUUGGGUGGUUUAUUGCAGCAGAAACGUUCGUUUGCUCAAAAUGCUUUAAAUUCAGUACAAAGUAUGGUGCCAGCUCAUAGGCCACAACCAGCUUUACCACCGCCACCAUUUGUAGUCUAUAAACAUGUUUAUUUAUUACGUCCGACUCCGCCUCCUUGUAAACCCGAUAAAAAUGGUGAUAAGGAUAAUGACGAUGAUGAUGAUGACGACGACGAUGAUGACGAUACUAAUAACAAGUCAACAACAGAUGCAACUUUAGCUACAACUACGGAUCCAAAUUAAAGUUCAAGUUACAUUAUAUUCAGCUUGCGUUGAAACUUUCAAUAUUCAACAUAAAUUUUAAUUAUAAACAAAUGCACUGAAUUGUCUAACAAAGAAAAUACGUACAUAUAUAUAUAUAAAUAAAUAAAGUUCGAUGAAAUUA